UAAUGAUGGCUCACAUGAAAGAAAACGGUUUCUGCCUCAGGCCUCUUAUAUUCCUCGCCAACGUCAUCGCUGCAGCCUGCAUGUGUUAAAUUGUCAAUCCAUUUGAAGAGGACAGCCCCUACAAUUAUUAAUUGUUGCUACCUAACUAAACCUUGGUGUCUUGAACAUCCUACUUUCUAGUCUGUAGAUACCCCCACCUGUACCUUAACCAUCCAGAACAUGCCAAAGCAACCAGAUUACUACAAAAUUCUUGGCGUGCCCCCUGGGGCUACCCAGCAAGAAAUUCGCAACGCCUACAAGAGAGAAUCGUUGAAAUCGCAUCCCGACCGCGUUCCUAUUGAUUCACCUGAACGACCGGCUCGAACACGCAAGUUCCAGGACAUUAACGAUGCUUAUUUCGUCCUUUCAGACCCUUCGCGUCGGCGUGAAUACAACAGAACACGCAAGCUUGGAACAGAAAGCGAAGCAGAAGAAGAAGAGCAGCCAAGCAGUACAGAUGACUUCCACUGGUCUGCAUUUGGGUCUACGUUCUCCUCGACGUCAGAUCGUGAGCAGCGCGCCUCCGAGCAAUUCGGGUCCGUUUUUGAGGAGAUGCUGCGUGAGGAGGGACUUGCGAACGACGACGUUGACAAUGAAGGCUGCAGAAACACCCAGCCCACCUCCCGAUUCUGGUCUAUUGUCGGUGGUAUAAGUGGUGGUGCCCUAGGGUUCAUAGUAGCAAAUGUUCCGGGUGCUUUGGCUGGUGCUGUCGCAGGUAAUAGGCUUGGAGCCAUUCGCGAUGUCAAGGGACGAAGUGUAUACGAGGUUUUCUUAGACCUUCCACAGCAGGAUCGGGCCCAGCUCCUGAGUGAGUUGACAGCCAAGGUCUUUCAAACAGCAAUGGGCCACUAGAUAUGGUCAAGCGUUUCGUCAUAGAAAGGUAUCAGCCAUUCUACUCUGCGAUUAUUCUUGUGCCUGCGGUAUUUCACUAUAUCCACCCAUGUCUGUUUGGUGGCUUUACUCCCUUUCAAUUGAGAAUGAUGAUGUAAAGCUUUGAUGGAUAUCAGCAGCGAUACGAGGUUUCAUUGGACUAUCGUACCUCAAUAGAAGGAUAUGGUCCCAACUUGACAUCUCUACCGUAUAGUGUGUGCAUGAACAAGGCACUGUUUAACUGACCAUAACCCCACUACCCCGGCU